AUGGAUCAAGACGAUCAAUCUCCGCCCGUCGAGGGAACCCCGGGGUCGAGAGCUAAGGCACGCUCAGAUCAUUUGAUGAAGCGCGUGUCCAGAGCAUGCCUGCAUUGCAGACAGCGCAAAUCCAAAUGCGACCUGGAUAGCAGCGGCAGCCCAGGAGUUCCGCCCUGUCAGCGGUGUAUCAGGGACAACCGUGAAUGUGUCCUGGGUAGCUCCAAUCGCGGAGGACGCCGGAUUCGCAAGAAUAAAAUAAAAAAUUUCACGCCGGACAGCAAUCCUCCUGUACGGCGGGAUUCUGUCCUCGAGGCACCAAGCCCAUCCAAUUCAGAAAAUCGUCAAACGACGUCUAGUUCCUAUCCCGGACCAGUUGUUUUUCUGCCUCCUGAUCCACCGACCGCGACUUCAAUGUCCGUGGAUGAUGAAGACGCAGAAUCUAUUGGCGACGUUCCCCGCAACCCUUCUGAUGCCUGGCAAUGCCUGACUGGCAUUGCGACGAGAGGCACAGAAGGUCCGAGUCCUGAAACUGGCGUCGAACCUCUGCGUACAAGAACAAGCGGCUUUUCCUCGUACACGGCGCUACAAACCAGUUCUGUAACCGAAUUCCAGCCGAACAAUGGCAUUAGAGCGUACAGGCUAGUGCAAUCACGGUCAUUAGACCCGGGGACAGUGUGGCAGCUAGUGGUUCGCUAUGCUGAACACUUCCAUCCGUACCUUCCUUUGGUACCACGAAAGUACUUUGACCGCAGCGCACUGGACUCGUUUGCCAAUAAUGAGAAGCAUCUGCUUACCGCCGUCCUCACAAUUGCUUCGAAAGAUCUAAUCGAACGGCCGGAGAUCCACGAGUAUUGCUCCAAAUACAUGCAUGAACUGAUAUCUGGGAUUGCUGCUGGAGCUGACUGCGAUGUAGAGGCUGUGGAGGCUCUGCUUAUCUUGGCUGAAUGGGAACCUCAAGGCCUUCGGCCGCGUAUUGAGCGCGUGGGUCGUGGGGAGGAGGAUCGAGCUGCGUGGAUGCAUGUCGGACUCGCCCUGCGGUCUGGCUAUUUCCUUGGCCUAGACAGGACGUCAUUUCGAGGCGACUCUUCUGGAGAUGCGGAAACGGAAGCCCGCAGGCGGCUGGCUUGGACCAGCUGCUACGUAUCGGAUCGAUUAAUAUCUGUCCGUAUAGGACGUGCUUUCUGGUCUCGCGGACCGGGUCCAAUGACUGGACUGGUCAGCCAAGACUUUCCGUCGCUACAACCAGUCAAGGAUGGCGACGAGGAUUAUGCUAGGAUCUUCCAGGCCACUCUAGAUCUUACUCAACUUUACGGGAAUGUUCACGAUGUCCUCUACUCUGGGAUGCGAACGAGUAAUCAGAUGAUGCUCAUGGGUGACUACGUUAAAUACGUGGAUGAUUUUCGCCUUGCAAUCCUGCGAUGGAAGUCUCUAUGGGGAUCUUUGCCAUGCUCGACGCCGAUGAAGGCCACCCUACAGCUAUCGUACGAAUACCUGAGAUUAUACACCAAUGCCUUCGCCUUCCAGGCGGCAAUAUCUCAGUCACUGGUGUCCCGAAUGAAGAAGGACGACCAAGCCCAGAGAGACCAUUUGCGAACAACCUUCAACAACGUGGCCUCCAUGCAGGAUGCUCGUUUUAUCUAUGAAUCGAUCGAUGCGGCAAAGGCCUACCUCACCAUCCUUGUUGACGUGGUUCAUCCAGAGAAGCAUCUUCAUUUCAUGCCGCUUCGGUUCUACCUGUAUGGCAUCUAUGCAGCUGUGUUUUUAUACAAGGCACGUUCGUUUGGGGUCAUGUCUCAUUUAGAGGAAAUGAAGGUGCGCGACCUUGUCACUCGGACCACCGAAGUCCUGAGGCGAGCAAGCGCCGGAACGGAUGAUAUUGGAUCGCGCUACUCACGGCUUCUCGAACUUCUUUGGAAGCAGAAGUUGAUGCCCGCAACUUCCCCCGCCGGCACACACCACAGUAGCGAUGUCUUGAUGCAGAACAACAAUGCAUUAUCGCACCACAUGUCUGACCAAAGUAGCUACAUGCACUUCAGUCCUGCGAACGAUUUCUCCUGGCUCGAUCUGGAAGCCGUUGGAGACUACGUUUCUGGGGAUCAGAUUUCCGGCGCAAAUACACUUGCCUUGGAUGCAUUCCAGAACCAGGACCUUUUCCAAGCGGGGCAAGACCGAGCCCAGACAUGGCAGGUCCCCACAUGGUCGGGGGACAUGAGCAGUAACCUUCUCUUCUAA